ACGCCGACGCUGCUGCUGUUGCUGGGCCGCAAGCGGGGCUCGGCCUUGGAGACCAAAGAUACUUUAGAUGAGCUCGGAUCUUUGGUGGAGACUGGGAGCGGCGACAACAUGAAUCCACUGACCAAAGUGAAGCUCAUCAAUGAGUUGAAUGAAAGAGAGGCAGCACUAGGCAUUCAAGAUAAAGUCUCCUGGCACUCAGAGUACAAGAACAGUGCCUGGGUCUUCCUUGGUGGCUUGCCUUAUGAAUUAACAGAAGGGGAUGUUAUUUGUGUAUUUUCACAGUAUGGAGAGAUUGUUAACAUUAAUCUUGUUCGAGACAAGAAGACUGGGAAAUCAAAAGGUUUCUGCUUUCUCUGCUAUGAAGAUCAGAGGAGCACCAUAUUAGCUGUGGACAACCUUAAUGGAAUCAAGAUUAAGGGAAGGACAAUCCGUGUUGACCAUGUGGCCAAUUACCGCCCUCCAAAAGAUGACGAUGAUAUUGAUAGUGUGACCAAAGCACUGAGGGAGGAAGGCUGUGCACCAAAAGCACCUCUCUCAGCAUCAGCAUCCUCGGAAUCCUCUGAUGAGAUUACUGCCGAGGUGCCAACGAAAAAGCGGAAAAAAGAAAAGAAAAAAAAGAAAAAGAAAGAAAAAAAGGAGAAAAAAAUCAAGGAGGAACAAAGCUCUAAGCAUGUUGCUAAGACCAGGAGCCAAAGUCAGUCGGCUUCACCCCCAGUAAGGGUCAAGAGGGAAUGUGAGGAUGCGGGAUAUGAGAAGUAUGCCAAUACAAACCGAGAGUCUCAAGGAGACUGUAGUAAUGACCAAAGAGAAACAACAACUGACAGAAGACACUCAGCUGAAGCAGAUGAAAUGAGAAAUAGAGGGAAAUACAAUGAGAGAAAUCAGUCUAGAAACUUUGAGAGGGAAGAAAGGCGAAGAAAUGAUCAAACUGGACGAGGAACUUGCAAUGAAACAUCAGGAAGAGACUCAAGAUGCAACUACAGUGAUGGAACAGAGGCCAGACAUGAUGAAGAAAGACAGAGUUAUCAACGAGAGAAAAUACGGAGAGAAGAGAGGUUUGAUACUAAGUAUGAUAAUAGAGACAAGUAUAGAAAGAAUGAUCGCAACAAGAGAGAGGAGAGAGAUUCAGACUCUGAGAGUGCCAAAAGCAAAGAUAGGAGAAAUAAGCACAAUAAUGGCAGUCAUUACAAAGAAAGGGACGAUCACAGGGACCGAUCAUAACAGAAUUAAGAGCUUCCUACAGGAAUAUCGGUGUCGGCUUCACAGGGUUUUAGGUGUGCAACAUAACUGCAAAAAGACAAUGGCACGAAUAAAUGAGGAAUGUUCCAUUAUUUUUGACUCUCUUUUGUGUUGUUGCUGAUGUCAUAGUCUACUGGAGUCCAUUUUCAAGAUUGGACAAUUUGGACCUGCAUAAUGUAUUGGAGGAGAAUUAUCAAAUAAAUAAGGCUGACAAACUCUCUGCAGUGGACUAAACACCAAGGUUAUAAAUGUGUGCAUAAUUUAUUGCCCAGAAGCCCUAAUGAAACAUUUCAAGAUCCUGUUUAUUUCCUGAAUUCUUCAGUGUUAUUGUUUCUCAGCUCCAUCGUAAUAUUGUGCAUCAGGCCAGUUCCUCUCAUGCAAGGUCAAGCUUUUGUAAUUAAAAUAGAAAGUCGGCUUGUUUACACUGAAAGUUCAUUGGGCUUUUAUUUGAGUACUGCCUUCUUGGGACUGCAAGUGUUAAUGAGUAUCUAUUAAAAUGCAUUUAACUGGUGCUCUUGUCAGUUUGGAGAAGCGAAGAAGGUUGAUAAAGUUCCAUCUUUGAACUGGUUUAACAUCACCCAACUUUUUUGAUAUUUAAAUAAAUAUCCUUUAUUACCCAAAUUGAA